GAACACCUCGGUGUUCCCGCUGCUCGUUUUCCCCUUUCUGUUAUAAAACAAAAAAAAACCUAAUUGCAUAGUUUGCCCGAGGUAAACGUACUCCUUAACUACUUCGAGGGUGCUGCCUUAAACUGCAAUUGGUUCCGGACUUACAUGUUCAUUGAACAUAACCGUGGUUUUAUCCAGGUUCAUCCGAAGACCAAAGCUUUGAGAAGAAUGGGAAGGAGGGGUAAGUUACCAGAUUAUGUUGCCAUUAACCCAGAUAAGCCUACUGUCCUAUAUUUAGGACAGUAGAAAUAAAAUAAAAAAUUUCAGAAUACUCUCUUUAUCUAAGAUUAUUUAGUCUUAUGAUUAUGCAGUAAGAAACGUGUCAGCUUUAUUAGAAAAAAUAAAAAGACAGUUAUUUUAACAGUUUUUACCUUAUAAGUGUGUAAUAAAAGUGCGUUGCAGACAUGGAAAAUGACAGACCGUUAGCUGGGCAUGAAAUUUUAGAUGCUUUAGAAAAUGUUUCUGAUAAUGAAGAAGAUUAUAGAGAACGACUGAUAUGUAUUCUACCUCCUCCUGUUGAUCCUGACUGUCUCACUGACGAAGAUUCGGGUGAAGAAGAUAAUGUAACUUUGAAUAAUUUGCCACGAAACAAUCUGCUUCAACCGGCUGAAGUAAUGAUUCAAGGGCAGAUUAUGGUGAGUGAUACAGAAAAAGAACCUUCUGAUUCUACAUGUCGAACUAAACGUAGGCGUACCUACGCAUGGAGAAAACGGGACUUGGCAAAAAAUCCCGUGAAUUGGCCAGAUGUUCAAGGCGCUUGCCAAGAUAAGCGCCCAAUUGAGUGGUUUGUAAACUUCUUAGAUGAAGAUGUUAUUUCGUUGUUGGUGUCAGAGAGCAAUAAAUAUGCUGUCAAAAAGAAUUUGCCUGGAGACAUAACCACUGAAGAUAUGAAAUGUUUCAUCGGCAUAUUGUUGGUUAGUGGUUAUUCAUGGCUCCCCCGUAGAAGAAUGUAUUGGGAAAACUCCCCUGAUACAAAGAAUGAAUUGAUCAGCUCGGCUAUUACUAGGGAUAGAUUUGACUUUAUUUUUUGCCACCUUCAUGUCAAUGAUAAUCUGGAUUUGCAAGACAAAUACACAAAAGUACGCCCCCUAGUUACACUUCUAAAUAAAAAGUUCUUAGAGUUUUCUCCUCUUGAAGAGCAUUACAGUGUAGAUGAGGCCAUGAUCCCCUACUAUGGUAGACAUGGCUGCAAACAGCACAUAAAAGGUAAACCUAUUAGGUACGGGUUCAAAGCUUGGGUUGGUGCUACACGGUUAGGGUAUGUUUUAUGGAUGGAACCAUACCAAGGUGCUACAACUAUGUGCAAUCCAAUAUAAAAAAAAUUGGGGCUGGGUGCAAGCGUUGUUCUCACUUUUUGCGAUGUGCUGAUUUCACGUGACUUCGACCUUCCUUACCACGUAGUUUUUGAUAUUUUUUUUACUGGGACACCCUUGCUGGAAGAGAUAACAAAGAAAGGCCUUCGUUGCACUGGGACAGUUCGAGAAAACAGGACAUCUAGUUGUCCUCUGAUUACAUCGAAGUUACUGAAUAAAAAGGAACGUGGUGCUGUCGAUUACAGAACGACACAUGACAACACGUUCAUUAUUGCUAAAUGGCAUGACAAUUAUAUAUUCAGUAUUGCUUCUAAUGCUGUAGGAAUAAAUCUUAAACAAUCUGCCAAACGCUACUCACAAAGUGAAAAGAGAAACAUUGUCAUAGAAGAACCACAUAUGGUGUCCAUCUAUAACAAAUAUAUGGGAGGAGUGGAUCGGUCUGAUGAAAAUAUUUCACACUACCGAAUUGGUAUACGAGGUAAGAAAUGGUACAUGCCGUUGCUCACACACAUGAUUGAUCUUGCCGAACAUAAUGCAUGGCAGUUAUAUAAAAUAAAUCAUGGAAAACUGGAUCAUCUUGGCUUUCGCAGAAGGUUAGCAAUUGCUUUGAUUGAAUCAAACAGAAAAAAUGCCAAAAGAGGGCCUAGCCGACCCUCCCAUCAUGAACAUGCUGAUAGUCGUAAAGACCAAAUGAAUCAUCUGGUUAUUCCUCAAUCGAAGCAAACACACUGUCGUCACUGUCACAAAAAAUGUUUGUCACGAGUUACGUAACCACUAGCAGUAUAAAUUAAUCUUAAGUACCAUUAUGUAGGUCCGAUAACAUUUAACAUUAUCUUGUAACACAAAGCUUAUUUGUAUUGUAAUGUUUUCUUUAGAGAUAAGUCAGUUAUAAAAUUCAGUCCGAUUGUAACCUCCUAAGAGGAAAGUUGUAUAUUAAAAUAAAUAAAACAUUUUUUAAAAGCUCCUCUCCUGCCAGCACGACAUAACUGGCGCAGUCGAUCGGUAGGAUCAAGUAAAUACAGGAUAAAUUCUCUAGUGCUGAUCCUACAAAGAACCUACUAGUGCAAGCAGGAAGGUGAAGACAACUGGCAACGGACACCUGGACCUGACACAUCCAGUCGCAGGAAGGACACCAUAUGGGCAGCGGAAAGCUCUACGUGGGGUAAGCGUUUAUACAUUUAUCCGAGUAUUUCCCUGUGCACCAUCCCUCCUCGAAAACUGUGAAUUCACUAGAUUGUAUCAAUUUUUAAUUUUUGUAACUCGUGUAAUUUGUGUUGUCAGUAGUAAUCCAGCAAUUGUUAAACGUUCCCCGUUAGAUAAUAUUUCAAUUGGUAGGAAUAGUUUAAAUUGUAAAAUGGACAAAGUGCGCAGUUACAUGUACCCAUAAUAGAAAUUGACCAAUCUUUAUAUACAGCAAGUGCUGAAUAUGCAAAAAUCAGCGAAUUGUUACCAAGCUACGAUGGUAAUAAAAAAACGUUAAAUUUCUUUAUAAAAGCGGUAGAAAAUGUUCUGGACAUUGUAAAAAAUAAAGAUAAUGAUCCUAGCAUCGGAUCACUUAUAAUAAAGAAGUUACAAGGCUUACAAGCGAUAGAAGUCUUAGCAGAGGUGCCUAGUUUUAAAACUUGGCCUGAGAUUAAAACCUCACUUCAAAAUAGAUUCGGCGAAACGCGUGAGGAAAUCAUUUUAGUACAUGAAUUGAAUAACUUGACAAAAAAUAAAAUAGAUUUACUAAAAAACUGCGAUAAAGUCAGAGAAUUAACAUACACAUUAAUAGAUAUAGAUCCAACAAAAAAAGAAUAUUAAGAGAAAAUGGGCAUUAAUACGCUCGUAAAUCAACUAAGUCCAUUCGUAUCCUUAGCGACAAGGAUGAAUAAUCCCAAAAACUUAGAAAGUGCAAUCCAUAUCGCAAUACAGGAGGAUCAUAAACUAAAAACAUAUCGAGUAAAUAAUCCGGUUAACGUUAGUAGGCAAGAAGCGAAUACAAAACCAACUUAUUCUUAUCCAUAUAAUAAACCCAAACUCGAGUUCCAACAAAUAAAAAAAGAGUAAGACAGAACCCAACAAAAAAUAUAAAGUUAAUUACCAACAAAAUGAGAUAACCAACGACGUAUCGGAUUCUGACUCAGAAGUCACUCAGAACGUAGAAGAGUACGAUGGAAAUUUUCAACAAAUUAUAGAGACAGUCCAGAGUAAUUUAUAUAAAUAACCACAACGGUCUACCAUCAAUCUAUAUUAACGAACUUGGCGGUAGAUUCCUUAUUGAUACUGGCGCAGCAAAAUCAUUAAUUAGCCCCAGAGUAAUUGACAAUCAUCCCGAACUUAAAAAUAAAAUUAAAAUUCAACCACACACGAUUAUAACUGUACACGGAACCUCGAAACUAAAGAAAAUAAUUGACUUAAAACUACCACCCCUAUUCAACACAAAUGCCAUUCACCCUUUUCUCAUCUUCGAAUUUGAUAAAGAUUUUAUAGGUUUAUUAGGACUUGAUUUCUUAGAAAAAUUCGAAACCAAAAUAAAUUUAAAGCACAUGGUUUUACAAAUAAAUAAUGUAUACGCGUAUCCACAAGAGCCCUGCACACAGAUUAACGAAGAUUUGAAGAUAUGCAAACAAUUAGAUUGGCGACCCCUACAGUCAUCAAAAGAAUGUAUCCCACAGAUCAUCACUCAGCAAAACAAGAUCCAGUAAACUGUACGAGAGUAACUGCAUCAUAUAACGAUUUGCUUAUAAGAAAAAUAAAGUCAAAUGUAUGGAUAGUAGUUUCUAAAAACGAAAUAAUCAUCAAGAAAUUAUGCAACAACGAAACAUUAUACCAACGCCUUAAAGGUACUAAUUUAAUAACAAUUGAUAAACAAUGUAAAAUUACCAUAAAAGAUUAUACGUUAGAAACACAUGUUAGAUAUAUUAAAUCAAGGGAAAUUAUACCAAUCCCGAAGCUAAAGUUUAAUACCGCAGCAGAGACUACUGUAGAACUUAAAACAUAGAGCUUGACAGCAUAUACAAGUUAUUAAAUAAUGCGAAAGUAUUGGAUACCGAAACUAUCCUAGAGAAGAAACAGGUAUUCGAUAACAAACCUAGUUGGCUUACUAUACUGUUACUUACUAUAUCAUUAUGUAUAAGUGUAAGCUACAUUAUGAAGAGAGACGUAAGAAGAUUCAAGUCUCGACAGAAUACACUGCAGACCGACAUCGAAAUGCAAGAAACACAGGACUUAAGGGUUGAAGAUGAACCCCAACCCUCAACCCCAGUACGUUUCAUUCUUCGGGCGGAGGAGUUACGUAACCACUAGCAGUUUAAAUUAAUCUUAAGUACCAUUAUGUAGGUCUCCUGCCAGCACGACAUAACUCACGUUGUAAGAAAUGUGAUGUUGGAGUGUGUGUCAAGUGUUUUGAAACAUAUCAUUCAUAAAUAGUGUUAAUCUAGUAAAUUACAUAUAACAAUGGGUAAUAUAAUCAAUAGUUAUCUAAUAAACUACACUUUUUGAUUACAUUCUGUUUUGUCAUAAAUGGUCUUUUAUUUCCUCUUAUUAUCCUUUUUUUUUUUCAGAGGGGAAUGCUUUAUGCAUACUCCGCGCCCCGGGGGGGGACGCGGUA